UUCAUCUCUUUUGUACAAAACCCCUGUUAAUUUGCUGUUAUUUAUGUUAUUUCGGUGUCUCGCUUAGCUUUGUUGUCCUUGCUGUGCCCCAAGCCCCCCGUUCGGAUCCUCAUUUGUUAAUGAGAAAUCGAAUCGAGUGGUGUUAAGAUCCGGCCCAUGGGCACUGCAACUCCGUGUAACACGUCCAAAGUUGUUUCAAAGCACACAACACUUCCUCCAUCAAUUGGUCAAAAUGGAGUUGAACCUGUUACUCGUCCACCAUUUUAUAAUCACCUCGGAUCAGGCCCAGAUGUCAAGCAGCUAAGAGAAAGCUUAGAAAAAAGAUUCAAUGUGACUGGCCAUGCAUUGCGAAUCGAAAAAGUAAGGUACACUUGCGAAGAAGGGAAAAAUCGUGAAGGUUGUCCAGUUGCAAAAUGGGUUCUUCGACGUCAGGAUGUCGAUGAGAAGAUACUGGUAGUUGUAAGAGAAAGGCCUGGCCAUUUAUGUGAAGACAAAGUGAUUGUUAUAUCGAUUGUUGUCUGGGAAGGAUUUGAAAGGAGUAAAGCCAGCUAUUUGUAUCAAAGAUUGACAUCAUUGCUAAGUGAGCAUGCUACGAUGGUAACUCGAAGAUGUGGCACCAAUGAGACAAAGAACUGCUGUUGCCAAGGAGACAAUGCGGACACAUGUGGAGCUUCGUUUUCUUUUGGAUGCUCUUGGAGUAUGUUUUACAAUGGAUGUAAAUUUGGAAACAGUACCUCUCCAAGAAAAUUCAAAAUUCAGGAAACAGAAAAAGAAGCAGAAGUGAAGCUUUUAUUAGAGAGUCUUGCAACGGAAUUUGGACCCAAAUGUAAGAUGUUCGCACCAAAGGCUUACUACAACAUGACAUACUACGACUCAAUUGCUUCCCAAUGCCGCAUGGGAAAAGGUGAAGGACGUCCUUUUUCUGGACUGACCUGCUGUCUUGACUUCUGUGCCCAUAGCCACAAGGACUUACAUAACAUGAACCACGGAACAACAAUGGUUUUGACACUUCUGAAGAAAGGAUCCACUCGGUCGGUAGGAAAUACUGCUGAUUGGAAUGUUCAGGGUGGAGGACAGGAAAAUCAUAAAAAUGAAGAUGACGAUUGCGACGACGAACAGCUACAUGUUUUACCAAUGUAUCAACUUCUAAAUGACGAUGACACUGUUUGUGCCACUAACUACGCAACGCCUAUACAUACCUUAAAGAGUAAAAUUGUCCCAAGGGAGCCUAAUUUAAAACGGCCUUCCAAGGCAAAAAGAAAGCCAAAUCGCUCAAAGGGUGACAAUGAAAAUGGAAAGUAUCGCAAUACCACAAAUACAACACUGGAAAGUUUGAAUCGGAUUUCAUCUUUGAACGAAGUGGGUAGGACGGCAACGGAAGAUUGUAAAUGGCCCAUUGUGGACGCAAAUAGAUUAGCAGGGUCACUUGAUUGUACGCUGUUGUCGAAUAGCCAACCAUGGGUAACAGAUGAAAACCUAACCGGGGAAAAUACCGUCGACGAAAUAUCUUAUGUUCAUGAGAGUCAGAUUCCCUCGGUAUUUUCUCAUCCAUUGCAUAAUGUAAAAAAGGUUUCAAGGAAAAUGCAAAUGAAAGCCGGGAAAGUAUCACAUGCGCAGCCGAGGGUAAGAAGCAUAAAUGAGUGCCAACCAGUGAUGUUUCGUCAACAGCAUCCACAGCCAUGUACAUUACGUGUCUUUUCUGGUGACAGUGCCAAGUUAGACGAACUGAAAACUGGAACUUUUCAUAAUUUGAAAGAUGCAUUUAGCAGUAGGCACCUUGAAACUAAUGAAUUAUACCUUUCUGAGCUGGAAACAAACGUGUGCAGUAAUAGCAAGGACCUAGCAAAUAAUAAUUUUGCUGCAACGCAACAAACUGUUUUUGAUGAUUUUGUCACCGAGGCAAUGGGCGGUGUAGGCAUCGCUUUGACACAUGGGUCAGUAUUGAUUGAAUGCGCCAAAAAAGAACUCCAUGCAACAACAGCACUAAAAAAUCCACAACGCCAAAAUCCAACUAGACUUAGUAUUAUUUUCUACCAACACAAACAAUUAAAUUUGCCAAACCACGGUUAUUAUGAAAACAAGAAAAAGAUGUCAGAUAGGCAAAGAAAGCGAAAUGCACAAGAUAUGAAACCAGCAGUUUCCUUAAAGAAAGGCCGCGCUGGUGUUGCCGUUCCCCUAUACGACCUGCAGUUACUAGCAGAGGCAGCGUUUUCUGAAUCGCUUAACCAUGGGAACAGAGCAACUUACGACCAAAGACUAACUCAACAGCUUCCUUGGGAAAUUGGAAACAGUCAAACACCAAACCUUUGUUCAACUAGUCCUCAUAGUUUCGAUUCUACGAAAAAUGCUGUAGAACCUCCUUUGCCUACAUUACCUUUUCAAAUGGAAACUGCUUCUUACUCUAAUCCUUGUAGUAAUGCAAUGCGUGCUUUUGACGUAGUGGGAGCACUCAAGCUGCGUGGGCAUCAGCAACCAAGCAUGCGAAAUCAAAGCCAUCCUCGGUCAACAAGCCAUCAUGAUCAACAGAAUACUUUCAAUGGUCCGAUACUAACACCUACUCUUCAAGGUAUUCCAAAAGGAUCACGUGGAGACAUUGUACACAGUGGUCUAUUCCACUUCAAUCAAUCUGCACAUUCGUCUGUCUACCGAAGUGACGCCAGGGACGUGUUUAAGUCAUCUUUUUCUAUUACAUCUUUGUUGGGACUAGAAGAAACUGAUGGAAACUCAGCUUCGUUUCUAGCCACUGCACCUGUGCAACCCCCAUUGUGGAAUGCUGCAAAUCAGGGUCGUUUUCUUGAGAAGCUGAGUAAUGGCCCCAACGACGUGAGCAAUGGCCACAACGAUGUGAGCAAUGGCCACGACAACGUGAGUAAUGGCCGCAACAACGUGAGUAAUGGCCGCAACAACGCGAGUAAUGGCCCCAACGGCGUUGAAGUGACUCACCAAGCCGUUCACAAUGCUUGUUUUAAAAGUGAACGCUGUCUUGAUAACAAUAAAACGCAUCUUUGGCAAGUAUCAAAUCAAUUUGAUGGUUUUGAGCAACAACUAUUUGAUGAAUGUAUUAACUAUGAAAGGGAUCGUCAUUUGUUGAAAAGCGCAAACAAGAUUUUGCUAUCUGACAACGUGACGGCAAAUGGAAGCGAACUCAAUAGGUUUUUUAAUCAUGCAAACACUGAUGUUUUACAUCAAAGGGGUUUGCGAGUAAAUGAUACAGGUCCGACAUCACACGUGAGCAUUUCUAAUAGGGUGUGGUCCAACACUUUAAGUAGAGAAGCUUGGAGCUUUGCCUCUAAUAAUAAUUUGACGUAUGCAGUGAAUGAAAAAGACAACGGUUUGGGAUUUGCGGGGAUCAACAUGCAUCAUAAAAACUCUGUUACAGUAGAUCGUUCAAAUGAAAAUUUAAAUUUCAAUACAACACACUUUCAACCUGACUGGAAUUCCUAUUAUAGUUUCUGAAAAUGAGCAAAGGGUUAGAAUCCACAAUAUGUAUGAAAUAUUAUCAAUAAACCGAUUUUAAUAAUUCAAUUCACCUAAAUUAUUUGCAUACUGUCUUUUCAGCAUUUUAAACCAUCUUUAUAAAGUUGUUUAUUGUUAAGCGAGAGGGAGAGGCGUCCAACGCGGUGUGUCUUUUAAUUAAGUAUUUUUUUAUUUGAGCCAGCACAGAAUAAAAGUGGAAUUGCAAAUAGCUUAGUUGGUUUUUUGAAGUACACUUAUCUGACACCAAAAUCAACCAUUUAAAUAAUUUCAACAUUCCCGUCGCGUGAAUUUCACUUUCUGAUUGGGCUUAAGCUAAUUUUCUCUUCGUCGGUUAAACUUUUUGCUGUAAUUUUAUUGGUAUUCUCUGCCCUCCAAUAGAAGGCUUUCCUUUUCUUGUCAGCCAAGUGAAAUAGCCAUAUUAAAUUGGCUACAAAAAUAGCUAUUAUUCUUUCCAUCACAAUGCGAUUUGACGCAAGUAUCUUGCCAAAUGGAAGAUGCACCCUUCGCACCUGCCCUUCGCACCUACCCUUCGCACCUACCCUUCGCACCUACCCUUCGCACCUACCCUUCACACCUACCCUUCGCACCUACCCUUCGCGAACAGCAAUGGGUGUUUUUUGUCAAUGUGUCGGAAACUGUUUUAUUUUUUUACUGCCACUAUUAAAGUUCGGCUGGCGAGUUGGAAGGUUGCAUAUGGUUCGGGUCGUGAUACGGCACCCAGGCAUAGUGGUAUCAGGUUGCAACAAAACAAGUAAAUUUUCAACCGUCCCCCAGCAUUAUGUUGGCCCAAUGCAGGUUUCCUCCACAGGCGCCCUGCCUACGGGUCAGGAUAAGGGACUAGCCUUGACAUCUGUUCAAACAUCAAUGAAGCAUUUCAAUGAUGUUAGGGUCCCGUUUACAAAUGUAUAUUGCCCGGAGGAACGGGCUAAACGAGAAAUAAGGAAACAUUCAGGCCCCAGUAAAGCUCCCAUAUUUCAUCCUGGUUAACGUUUAAUAAGGUAUGUGGAAUUAACAUAUGUAAUGUUCACACUGCACAGUCUUUUGAAAGCGCCUCCAGUUGCUAUCACAUAAUUUCUAUAGAAUAUAUUGUAGUGUUCAAAUUGGCAAAUAUAAAAGCGCUAGUUAAUGCGAUUGUGCUUGUUAGUUAGCUGCCAGGUUAGUUACAAGCUCGUGCAGGUAAGGAGUCACUCACCGCAAUCGAUGAACAAUCUGCUUUUGGGGCUAUUUGACAAAAUUGGGUGCUAGACCCAGUGAAUUAUGCCUCUUUGGACCUUAUUUUAUCAUCUCUUUUCUGUUAACGAAUGAUUGUACGCCCCA